AACAAAAGAAUGAAAAGUAUAUCAGGAGUAUUAGUCAUUCUGCUUCUAAGUCAGAGUGUUUUCUGCAGCCCUAAGAAAAUCAAUACAGAUUUUUUGAAUUUGCUUAGUUCUAAAACUAAAUGUGAUGAGUUCUUAGGAUGCCAUUCAAUCAGUCCUUACUUUAUUAGAGGAUCUAUAGGGAGCAAAUGUUGAAGCUCAAGACAAAGCUGAUCUCACAUUUUAACGAUUUGAACAAGCCAUUUUGCAAGACAUCAAUGAGUUCUCAGGAAUUGUCAAUGUCAAUUCCAAGAGUGCUGCUGCAGCUCAAUAAGACUUGGAAGCUGUCGACCUUAAAAUCCAAUAAACAACAGACUACUUGAAUUGGAAUAACAAGCGAUACAAGGCAAAUGAAGUUAAGCUUGAAAAUUUAGCUGAAUAAAGAUGCGAAGCCAAUGCCUUGUUCAUUGACACAUUGAGAGAAUAUAAGAAUGCACUUUCCGUCCUUGAUUGGGUAAGAAGCGAUGCACAAAGCAAACAAAGCACAUUAAUAGAAAAGAGCCACAUCGGAGAUUAUGCAGAGAAAUUGAGCAAGUAUGCUAAUCUAUUUGAAGAAUAAGCAGUCUAAGAUUUUGUCAAAUUAGGUGAAGAAGAAGUCUCUUUCGCAUAGACAAGAUAACAUGGAAACGGCCAAUAAAUAGCCUCAUUAGUAGAAAAGGAUGUCGUAGGAAUUAUUCAAUAAUUAAUUGAGAAAUUAAGAGAUACCAUCAAGAGUCUUGAAGAACAAGAAAUUCAAUCAGCCAACGAUUUCGCUGAUUUCAAGACAAAUUUAUUGGCUGAAUAGGAAUCUCUUAAGCAAGAGUAUGAUGCCAAAGCCAAAUUCUUGAAUUCCUUACAAAAUGACAAGGAAUUGGCCUCUGACAUCUUGACCAAAAAAAAAGAACUUUAAGAUUAAAGCAUGAGAAUCUUGAGCUUGACUUAAGAGGAAUACAAUUACAAGAAGAAAUUAUACAACUCAGAAAAAGGCAAAAGACAUGAAGGAAACUAGUUAUUAGAAGAAUCACUUCUAAUUUACAGGGAAAAGAUGGCUACCGUAAAUGAAUACUUGAAAAAGAGAGUUAACGAAUAUGUUGGAGAAUCCCUUGUUGAAGAACAUGCUGUCAGCAAUCAAGCUCCAGUUCAAAAUAGAAAGGGAAAAUAAUGAUAAAAACACACACAUUAAAAUUAUAAUCAUUCUAAAGG